CACUGUUUGACCGGCAGAAAAUAUAAAAAAAUUGUCAUUGAAGAAAUCUUACAAAACAAAAAUAAUUUAAAGAACCAAAUCGGAGAAAAAGAUGGAUAUAAAGUCUUUUCUUUUUCAGUUCUGUGCAAAAACUCGCACAGAACCAAAGCUGGAUGUGCGCCAAACGGGGCCAAAGAAUCGCCAGCGCUUCCUGUGCGAAGUGCGCGUCGAGCAGACGCCCUAUAUCGGCGUGGGAAAUUCAACCAACAAGAAGGACGCCGAGAAAAACGCCUGUCGCGAUUACGUUAAUUACCUGGUGAGGACUGGCAAACUAAAUGCCACCGACGUUCCAGGGGAAGCGGGUGCUUUGGCACCAGGAAGGUUUCCAUCGCAUGGCGAUGGUGGUGCCGGCGCCGGGCAUCGCGUCUUCGGCGACGAAUCGGGGCCACAGGACCUGGGCGAAGCGUACCGUCCCGUGAAUCACUCUGGGAUCGGUGGAGGUGCCAGCGGUCACGAUCGCUUCAACAUCAUUGACCAUGUGCAGGAGCAGAAGGACAUGAAUGAGGCAGAGUCGAUCGACGUGAACGCCGCCAUCCAUGGCAACUGGACCAUCGAGAACGCCAAGGAUCGCCUAAACAUGUACAAGCAAGCGAAUAACAUUCGCGACGACUACAAGUACACUCCAGUGGGUCCGGACCACGCUAGGAGCUUCAUGGCCGAGCUGUCGAUUUUUGUGACUGCCCUUAAGCGCAAGGUGACAGCCAGGGAGACGGGCUCCAACAAGAAAUCGGCCAGCAAGUCGUGCGCCUUGUCCCUGGUGCGCCAGCUCUUCCAUCUGAAGGUCAUCGAAGCCUUCAGCGGCACCCUCAAGAAGAAGAAGGAUGAGGAGCUGAAGCCCUACCCAGUUCGGCUGGCGCCAGAUCUGGUGAACGAGAUAGACGAUGUCAUCAAGAUGCUGGACCUGCCCGUGGUUAAUCCGCGCAAUAUUAAAGUGGAGUCGGACGGGGCACCCAUUCCCCUGAUUGUUCAGAGCAGCCGGCUGGACUCGCAGCAUGAGAGCGAGAAGCGGCAGGAUAGCGCUGUGAUUCCGUGGGCUCCACCCAUGCCCAACUGGAACACAUGGCAUGCCUGCAAUAUUGACGAGGGCGAGCUGGCCACCGCCUCCAUCGACGACCUCUCCCUGGACUUCGAGCGCAGUAUCCUGGAUCGACGCCACAAUCAUUCAGAGUACCGUCAGUUCCUUGAAUUUCGCGAUAAGCUGCCCAUUGCAGCCAUGCGCUCGGAGAUACUGAGCGCCAUCAACGACAACCCCGUGGUGAUCAUACGCGGCAACACUGGCUGCGGCAAGACCACCCAGAUAGCCCAGUACAUCCUCGACGAUUACAUCUCGUCCGGGCAAGGCGGCUAUGCCAACAUCUAUGUAACCCAGCCGCGUCGCAUCUCGGCCAUUUCUGUGGCUGAGCGUGUGGCCCGCGAGCGUUGCGAGGAGCUGGGCGAUGCCGUCGGUUAUUCUGUGCGUUUUGAGUCAACUUUCCCCCGACCCUACGGCGCCAUCCUCUUCUGCACCGUGGGUGUGCUGCUGCGCAAGCUGGAGGCGGGCCUGCGCGGCGUCUCGCACAUCAUUGUCGAUGAGAUACACGAGCGUGAUGUGAAUAGUGAUUUCCUGUUGGUCAUAUUGAGGGACAUGGUGGCCACCUAUCCAGAAUUGCAUGUCAUCCUUAUGUCGGCCACCAUUGACACGACGCUGUUCUCAAAGUACUUUGGGGAGUGCCCCGUGCUGGAGGUGCCGGGCAGAGCCUUCCCCGUGCAGCAAUUCUUCUUGGAAGACGUGCUGCAGAUGACGGGCUUCGUGCCCUCAUUGGAGUCGCGUCGCAAGCGCAAGGAGGCCGACGAUGAGGAGCGGCUGAUUCUCAGCGAGAACAAGGAGGAGGGCGAGACAAACUGCAAUAAGAUUUGCGAGGACAAGUACUCGCAGCAGACGCGCAAUGCCAUGGCCGCGCUCUCUGAGUCGGAUGUCAGCUUCGAGCUUCUCGAGGCUCUUCUGUUGCACAUCAAGUCCAAGAACAUACCCGGCGCAAUUCUCGUCUUCUUGCCCGGUUGGAAUCUAAUAUUCGCCCUGAUGAAGUUCCUUCAGACCUCGAACAACUUUGGCACUUCGCAGUACCGCAUCCUGCCCUGCCACUCGCAGAUACCGCGCGACGACCAGCGCAAGGUGUUCGAGCCUGUGCCCGAGGGCGUCACCAAGAUCAUUCUGUCCACAAACAUUGCGGAGACAUCCAUCACCAUUGACGACAUCGUGUUUGUGAUUGACAUCUGCAAGGCGCGCAUGAAGCUGUUUACCUCGCACAACAACCUCACCAGCUACGCCACAGUAUGGGCCAGCAAAACAAAUUUGGAGCAGCGCAAGGGACGUGCGGGACGAGUGCGACCUGGCUUCUGCUUCACUCUAUGCUCUCGGGCCCGUUUCGAAGCCCUUGAGGAGAAUCUCACGCCGGAGAUGUUCCGCACGCCACUGCACGAGAUGGCUCUGACCAUUAAACUGCUGCGCCUCGGGGCCAUCCAUCACUUUCUGUCCAAGGCCCUGGAGCCGCCGCCAGUGGACGCCGUGAUUGAGGCGGAGGUACUGCUGCGCGAGAUGCGCUGCCUCGACGCUAACGACGAGCUGACGCCUCUUGGCCGCCUGCUGGCGCGCCUUCCGAUCGAGCCGCGCCUCGGCAAGAUGAUGGUGCUGGGGGCUGUCUUUGGAUGCGCCGAUCUGGUGGCCAGCAUGGCCUCCUACUCGAGCACCUUCUCGGAGGUGUUUGCCCUAGACAUUGGUCAGCGUCGCCUGGCCAACCACCAGAAAGCUUUGAGCGGGCGCAAGUGCUCCGACCACGUGGCCAUGAUUGUUGCCUCGCAGAUGUGGCAGAAGGCGAAGCACAAGGGCGAGCAGGAGGAGAACCGCUUCUGCGAUUGGAAGGGUCUGCAGCUGUCCACAAUGAACGUGAUGUUCGAUGCCAAGCAGCAGCUGCUCGAUCUGCUGCAACAAGCCGGCUUUCCCGAGGAGUGCAUGAUCCCGCACCAAGUGGAUGCUAAUGCGGUAGAUCCGGUACUCGACACGUCGCUGGCCCUGCUUUGUCUGGGCCUCUACCCCAACAUCUGCGUACACAAGGAGAAGCGCAAGGUGCUGACCACCGAGUCCAAGGCGGCCCUGCUACAUAAGACCUCAGUGAACUGCAGCAACCUGGGCGUCACCUUCCCCUAUCCGUUCUUCGUCUUUGGCGAGAAGAUUCGCACGCGCGCUGUCUCCUGCAAACAACUGUCGAUGGUCGCGCCCCUCCAGGUGAUGCUCUUUGGGUCACGCAAAAUCGAUCUCGCCGCCAGGAACUUAAUACGCGUGGACAACUGGCUCAACUUCGAGAUGGAACCGGAGCACGCUGCCAUGAUUGGGGCCCUGAAGCCCGCUCUGGAGGAUCUCAUAACGAUUGCCUGUGACAAGCCGGACACCGUGCUUCAACUGGAGGAACCCUAUGCCAAGCUGGUCGACGUGGUCCGAAAUCUAUGUGUACAGACGGCCGGAGACUUCGAGCUAAGACGUGAGGAGGGUAUCUUGCCGCAUCAAUCGCGUCAGUCCGGCUAUGCCGCAGGAGGUUUAGGUGGUGGGCCGGCAAAGAGAGGACGCUUCGAUUCAGAUGGUCCUGUAGGCAUGGGCUGGGGUGGAGGUGGACGAGGCGGCGGCGGAAGCAACUUCUUCAAUAAUUCCAGCGGCAGCUAUGGCAGGAGAGGUUUCGGCGGGCCGCGUAGAGGUCGGGGCUUUGGAAACGAUGGAGGAGGCGGCUAUGGUGGCAGAGGAGGAGGCUAUGGAUCCAGAAGUGGGUUCUCUGGAAACGGAAGAGGUGGCUUUGGCGGGGGUUAUGGAAAUAGGGGUGGAGGUGGAGACUAUUCCAGUCAAGGAGGAAGCGCAUUUGGCGAUAAUGGAGGCGAAAGUUUUCGCAGCCAAGGUGGAAGCAGUUCAUUUGGCGGUGGAUCCGAAGCCGACGGAAGCGAAUGUGGAACCUGGGGCGCCUUCUAGAAAUAAUACAAAUUGCAGAUAACAA